AUGUGUAGGUCACUGCGUUACUGUGUUAGUCAUUGUCUCUAUGCAGCAAUGACGAGGCUAGAAGAAGCAAACAGAGAAGUGAACAUGCACUCAUCUGUCAGAUACCUUGGCUAUCUUGCCAGAAUCAACCUACUGGUUGCCAUCUGCAUGGGCCUUUACGUCAGGUGGGAAAAAACUGCGGAUGCACUGAUUUUGGUAAUAUUUAUUCUGGGGCUCUUUGUUCUUGGAAUUGCCAGCAUACUGUACUACUAUUUUUCAAUGGAAACAGCAAGUUUGAGUCUCUCCAAUCUGUGGUUUGGUUUUUUGCUUGGCCUUCUCUGUUUUCUUAAUAAUUCUGCCUUCAAAACAGACGUGAAAGAAGAAGCCACUAAAUAUCUGCUCCUCUCUGCCAUUGUUUUAAGGAUAUUAUGUGCUUUGGUUGAGAGGAUUUGUGGUUGUAUCCAUCAUCGACCGACUCUGCUGACAACAGUUGAAUUUUUGGAGCUAGUUGGAUUUGCAAUUGCCAGCACAACUAUGCUGGUAGAAAGAUCUAUGAGUAUUAUUCUGUUGGUCAUGGCUUUGGCCAUGUUGAUUAUUGACUUACGUAUGAAGUCUUUUUUGGCAAUUCCAAAUUUGGCAAUUUUUGGAGCCAUUGCAUCCUUACUCUUUUUUCCAUCACUGCAGAUCCCCACAAACCCGUUUGCCUUGGCCUGUUUCUUCAGCUGCCUGAUUUCAGAUCCCCUCCUCGACGUUUACUUCAGUGGACUUUCAGUUACUGAACGAUGGAAGCCCUACUUGUACCGUGGCAAAAUUUGCAGAAGGCUUUCUGUCAUCUCAGUUGGAGUCAUUGAACUAAUCUUUUUCAUUCUUGCAGCCUUUAAACUACGUGAUUUGGAUCUCUGGUAUUUUGUGAUACCUGGUUUUUCUAUUUUUGGAAUUUUCUGGAUGAUCUGUCAUGUGAUUUUUUUUAUAACUCUGUGGGGAUUUCACACAAAACUAAAUGACUGUCACAAAGUAUACUAUACCCACCGUGCGGAAAACAACAGCCUUGACAGAGUUAUGGCAUCUAAAGGCAUGCGUCACUUCUGUUUAAUUUCGGAACAGCUAGUAUUUUUCAGCCUUGUCGCGACUGCUGUUUUGGGAGCCGUUUCUUGGCAGCCAACCAAUGGGAUCUUCAUGAGUGCAUUUCUCAUCGUUUUACCUCUGGAGUCCAUGGCUCAUGGGCUUUUCCAUGAGCUGGGAAACUGCCUGGGAGGAACGUGUGUUGGGUAUGCCGUUGUGAUUCCCACCAACUUUUGCAGUCCUGAUGGCCAGCCAACUCUUCUUCCGCCUGAGCAUGUGCAAGAGUUAAAUCUGAGGUCUACUGGCAUGCUUAAUGCCAUCCAAAGAUUUUUUGCAUAUCACAUGAUUGAGACAUAUGGUUGCGAUUACUCUACGAGCGGACUGACCUUUGAUACCCUUCACUCCAAGAUCAAGUCUUUUCUUGAACUUCGGACAGCAGAUGGGCCCAGACAUGAUACCUACAUUUUAUAUUAUAGUGGUCACUCACAUGGCACUGGUGAAUGGGCACUGGCAGGAGGUGAUGCUUUACGACUUGACACACUUCUGGAGUGGUGGAGAGAAAAGAACGGCACUUUUUGUUCUCGACUCAUCAUCGUUUUAGACUGUGAGAACUCUCAGCCUUGGGUUAAAGAAGUAAGAAAAGUAAAUGACCAGUAUGUUGCCGUGCAAGGAGCAGAAAUGGCCAGAGUUGUAGACAUUGAGGAAGCAGACCCUCCGCAGCUUGGUGACUUCACCAGGCAAUGGGUUGAGUACAACUGUAACCCCGACAGCAAUAUCAGCUGGUCCGAAAAGGGACGUACAGUGAAAGCGGUGUACGGUGUGUCAAAACACUGGAGUGACUACACUUUGCAUUUGCCAACGGGAAGCGAUGUUGCCAAACACUGGAUGAUAUACUUCCCACGUGUCACCUAUCCAUUAGUACAUUUGGCAAACUGGUUUUGUGGUCUAAAUCUGUUCUGGGUAUGUAAAGCAUGCUUUAGGUGCUUGAAAAGAUUGAAAAUGAGUUGGUUUCUUCCCACAGUGCUGGACACAGGACAGGGUUUCAAACUCGUAAAAUCCUAAUUAGGAACCAAAGAGGAAAUUAAGUGAGACCUCUGGGAACUUUCUCACUUUGCUGUACUUGCAACUUUUUAUAUGACUAUUUUUCUCUGAAAAGGUCUGCUACACUCACUUUAUUGAGCUCUUUGAGCAGCUACGGUAUAUGCAACAGUUAAAAACUGCGAUCUUAAACAGAAGAGGGUAGGACUGUGAUAUUUGAGUUUUGUUACUGGUCUGUAUGUACAUAUGUAAGAGACUUAUUUAAUAUGACCAUGCAUUUUGGAGACAGUUCGAUGUUCAUAUACAUUACUUAAAGCAGCCUU